UAAGUGUUUGACUGAAUCCAGUGGGUAGCUUGACAUUUGGUAGAGAAUUAUCCAUAAUGUGGUUCGGUGUGGCUGUCGGUACCGUUGCUCUGGUCAUAUUCAUAUACAAAUAUGUCUUCAGCGGCAGCGGACCCAACCCCUUCGAGAAGGACUCUCGUGAACCGUUGAAAAAAAUGGUUUUUGACAAGAAAGAGAAAAACAAAGUGUUGAAACAAGGCUUCGUGGCCAGUAAAGUACCUGACAACCUGGACGCCGUCGUCGUCGGCAGUGGGAUCGGGGGGCUCGGUCUUGCGGUGCUGCUGGCGAAAGUGGGGAAGAAAGUCCUGGUUCUGGAGCAGCAUGACCGGGCUGGAGGAUGCUGCCACACGUUCACCGAGAAGGGCUUCGAGUUUGACGUCGGGAUCCACUACAUUGGGGAAAUGCAGGCUCAUACACCAUUGCGCUGCAUAGUGGACCAGAUGACCGACGGACAGCUGCAGUGGAGCCCUCUGGACAAUCCAUUCGACCACGUGGUUCUAGGACCCCCAGAGAAGCGCCGGCGGUACCCCAUCUACAGCGGCAGGACCCGUUUCCCUGAGGAGCUGAAGAAAUGUUUCCCUGGAGAGGAGAAGGCCAUCGACGAGUAUGUGAAACUCGUGGAGAAAACUGGGAAAGGCGUUUGGUUCCUGGGUUUCCUGAAGCUCUGUCCCGUCCCCCUGGCUCAGUUCCUGGUCCACACUGGCCUGGUCCAGCGUCUGUCCUCCUUCUUCAGAAUGGCUUCACGCAGCCUGACAGACGUGGUCAAUGGAUUGACGGAGAACAAGGACCUCAGGGCCGUGUUCACCUACAUCUUCGGCACCUACGGUAACUUGCCCAAGGAUUCCAGCUUUGCAAUGCACAGUCUGAUAGUCACCCACUACCUGAAUGGGGCCUGGUACCCUAAAGGAGGGGCCAGUGAGAUAGCCUACCACAUGAUCCCCAUCAUUGAGAAGGCUGGUGGUGCUGUGCUGGUUCGAGCCCCAGUCAAUCGCAUCCUGUUUAACGAGGCCAAGGAAGCCUGUGGUGUGAGCGUCAUGAAAGGUCAGGAGGAAAUUCACAUUCACGCCCCCAUAGUUGUGUCUAAUGCUGGAAUCUUCAAUACCUACCAGAAGCUGCUGCCCAAAGAGCUGCAGGCAACGCCAGGCGUCCAGAAGCAGCUGAGUAUGAUGAAGAAUGGUGAAGGUGGUCUGAGCAUUUUCAUCGGUCUAACUGGAACCAAGGAGGAGCUGGGCCUGAAGGCUGACAACUACUGGAUCUUUGCCGAGAACAAUUUUAACGAGUUGAUGGAGAACUACUUGAAGGGAAAGAGGGAGGAGUCUGCAAGACAAGUACCUCUGCUGUUUGUGGCCUCUCCAUCAGCUAAAGACUCAACAUGGGAGGACAGAUCACCAGUAGGAAAGUCCACUUUGUCUGUGGUCACCUUUGCCAAGUAUGAAUGGUUUGAGCAGUGGAAGGACGGCAAAGUGAAGAACAGAGGCGCUGACUACCAAGAGCUGAAACAGGCCUUCAUUGACUCUGUACUGCAGGUGGUGAUGGACGUGUUCCCCAAGAUAAGCAGAGACAAGGUUGAGUAUAUUGAUGCUGGAACCCCCAUCACUAAUGCUCACUACCUCGGAUGCCCCAGAGGUGAGUUCUAUGGAGCGGAUCACGGCAUCGCCCGGUUUAGCCCCGAACUCAACGCUACAGUGAGAGCUCAGACUCCGCUGAAGAACCUCUACCUGACAGGCCAGGAUGUGAUGUUGUGUGGCUUUGCUGGAGCUCUUGCUGGAGCUCUGAGCUGCGGCUCUGUCAUCCUCAACCGCAACCUACAUCUGGAUGCCAUCGCCCUGGCAAAGAAAAACAAAUCUGCUGAUGCCAGAUUAAAAGGGGAGUAAUUGUGUCAGUCUUGAGCUGAAUGGUCAGCACAUAUGUAAAGACAAAUUUUUGAGACUGAUUUAGUUUUUUAAAUUGUUCGUGAAUUGAAUUAAUGCAUUGAAUUUUGUCUGUAAUUAUUCAAAAUGUUUGCUGUUGAUAUUAAAUGGUUGUUAUGUGA